UCUCUCUCUCGGACCGGCUCAGGAUGGCACCCAGCGGGCUCAAGGCGGUGGUGGGAGAAAAGAUCAUGCACGAUGUGAUCCGGAAGGUUAAGAAGAAAGGAGAAUGGAAGGUGCUGGUGGUGGAUCAGCUCAGUACUCGCAUGUUGUCUUCCUGCUGCAAGAUGACUGACAUCAUGACUGAAGGAAUUACAAUUGUUGAAGACAUAAACAAGCGGAGGGAGCCACUUCCAAGCCUGGAGGCCGUGUACCUGAUCACUCCGUCUGAAAAGUCUGUCCAUUCUCUCAUCAAUGACUUCAAAGAUCCUCCUUCGGCUAAGUACAGAGCCGCACACGUCUUCUUUACUGACUCUUGUCCCGACACUCUGUUUAAUGAGUUGGUGAAAUCACGAGCAUCCAAAGUUAUCAAGACUUUAACUGAGAUAAACAUUGCUUUUCUUCCAUACGAGUCUCAGGUUUUUUCCUUGGAUUACCCCGAUUCCUUCCACAGUUUUUACAGCCCCCAUAAGGCUCAGAUGAAGAAUCCCAUCCUGGAACGCCUCGCAGAGCAGCUUGCCACCUUGUGCGCCACUUUGAAAGAGUAUCCAGCUGUGCGCUACCGUGGAGAUUACAAGGAUAACGCAAUGCUUGCACAGUUGAUCCAAGAUAAGCUCGAUGCAUACAAAGCUGAUGAUCCAACUAUGGGGGAGGGCCCGGACAAAGCUCGCUCACAGCUCAUCAUCCUGGAUCGGGGGUUUGAUCCAGCCUCUCCAGUCUUGCACGAGUUAACAUUCCAGGCCAUGAGCUACGACCUUCUUCCAGUGGAGAAUGAUGUCUAUAAGUAUGAGACCAGUGGUAUAGGAGAGCAGCGUGUCAAGGAGGUCCUCUUAGAUGAAGACGACGAACUCUGGGUGACCUUGCGUCACAAGCACAUUGCCGAAGUUUCCCAAGAAGUGACACGCUCCCUAAAGGAUUUCUCAUCCAGCAAGAGGAUGAACACAGGCGACAAGGCCACCAUGAGGGAUCUUUCCCAAAUGCUGAAGAAGAUGCCUCAGUAUCAGAAGGAGCUGAGCAAGUACUCGACUCACCUGCACCUCGCCGAGGACUGCAUGAAGCACUACCAGGGAACCGUGGAUAAACUUUGCCGCGUGGAACAGGACCUUGCCAUGGGCACUGAUGCAGAAGGGGAGAAGAUUAAGGAUCCCAUGAGGGCCAUAGUCCCUAUACUCUUGGACGGCAAUGUCAGUACAUAUGAUAAGAUCCGCAUCAUUCUUCUGUACAUCUUCCUGAAGAAUGGGAUCACUGAGGAGAACCUGAACAAGCUGAUCCAGCAUGCACAGAUCCCACCAGAAGAUAGCGAGAUCAUUACCAACAUGGGGCAUUUGGGCGUGCCCAUCAUCACUGACUCCACACUGCGUCGCAGGAGCAAGCCGGACCGCAAGGAGAGGAUUAGUGAACAGACCUAUCAGCUGUCCCGAUGGACACCAGUUGUCAAAGAUAUCAUGGAGGACACCAUUGAUGACAAGCUGGAUACGAAACAUUACCCAUACAUCUCCACACGCUCCUCUGCCUCUUUCAGUACAACGGCUGUAAGUGCCCGCUAUGGACACUGGCAUAAGAACAAGGCUCCAGGGGAGUACCGAGCUGGCCCUCGUCUGAUCAUCUUCAUCUUGGGAGGAGUGGGUCUCAGUGAAAUGCGCUGUGCAUACGAGGUAUCACAGGCCAGCGGCAAAUGGGAAGUUCUCAUCGGCUCUACCCAUGUCCUCACCCCUCAGAAACUCCUGGACGCUCUGAAGAGAUUGAAUAAGACAGACGAUGAAAUCAGCAGUUAGGUUUCCCCCUAAACUCCCCAAACUGUUAUACUCCCCCCAUCUCUUCUUACCCGUUCCUGCCCAUCCAAGCUGUUGAAGAUCAGUCUUCGGUCCUUUGCCCACCAGCAGAAAGAGAGUCUUUCCCCUUGCCCUACCCUACUUCCGAACCAAUGCUAAUUAUCGGCCUUUCAUUGGGGCUCCUUAACUUUAAGGCAUGGAUGUAUUUUUGGCCAUUUUGUACUCCUUCCCCCGCCCCCCUUGCAUUGUGGAGAUUGUAUCUGUCUGUUCGUCCUGGAAUUGUAAUGACGCCAGUGAAUUUCCGGAUCUUGUAUUUUGGAUUAUUGCCUACAUCCCGGGUCAAGCACACCAUAUGUGUCCACGUUUCGCCUCCCGUGCACCGAGGUUUUUCUCACUUGCACCGUUGUGUUGCUUCUUCAUAGGCAGCCACAAUGGAAGCCAUGUACUGCUUCUCUUUAUGUCUUUUUCCCACAAUGCACCCGCCUUCCAUAUUCUGACUAGACAGGCAGAGGAGCAUUGCAGAGCUUUCAAACCUGCACCAGCCCCCUCCCUUGUGAUAAAACACAACCGGCAGAGGGGUGACCAUCCGGUGAUGUCGCGAAUCUCCAUCACAGUCUAGAUAAUGCCGUGUCGGGCGUCCAUCUGCUCUGUUACAUGGUGUUUGUCCCAAGCAAAGCUUCCCGACCUUCGUCCCCUGUUCAGGAAAUGCGUGUUUCUGUAUUUGAGUGAGCUUGUCCUGCCCCACUACUUGGAAACGAAUGCUUGCAUCUUUAUUGUGUGUAGCAACCUAAAUGUCUAAGUUUGGUCCCGUCCUAUUCAUAAUAUAUAAAGAGAUAUUUAUGUUUCUAGAUAGAAGGGGUGAGGCUAAGGCCCUGACUGCAACUUUAACUUAUUAUCGCUAUUUUGCGUAUAUUUAAUGUAAAUAGUAUCCAGGGAGCCGUCUAAAAAUGUGUUGUGAAGGACAAUGCAGUCUGUGAUAUCAUAGCCGCACACUCCGCGCUUCUUACACAGCAGCCCUAUACGUUUUAGAUGAAAGACUGACUGGUAAGAGAAGGCAGAUAGACCUAGGACCGGACCCUCAGCCUCACUCCUCACCUUCCUGUAAUAUUUGUUCUGUGAUACAGUUUGUCAUUUUUGCCUGCAAAUAAUAAAGAGAUUUUAAAAAGCA